AAGAAGGUGGAAGAUAGAAAUGGGAAGAUAUUUUGCCUCGAAUCCUUGUAUUUAUUUAUACAUGUAUACCACCUUUACUAGUCACUCUCUAUAUAUAAUCAUCUUAUAGAAGAAGAAAAAGUAAAUCAAUGAAAAAUGGUGCUCCUCGAUCAUCUCUGGGAUGAUGUGGUGGCGGGGCCGCAGCCCGAUCAGCGCGGCCUCAAACACCUCAAGAAGCUUUACACGGCCAAGCCCUUGAACAUCAAAGAUAUUGGAGUGGAGGGAAGCAGCAAGUACCCGAGAUCUGUGUCGAUGCCGUCGAGUCCGGCAACGCCGGGGACGCCGUCGCCCACCGCCCUGAGGAAGGACAACGUGUGGCGGAGCGUCUUCCACCCCGGCAGCAACCUCGCCACCAAGACCAUCGGAGCCAACUACUUCGACCGCCCCGAGCCCAACUCCCCCACUGUUUACGACUGGCUUUACAGUGGGGAGACGAGGAGCAAGCACCACGAGAAAGUGUAAGGGGCGGCAGACGGCGGCGGUUGCAUGUAUAUAGUGUUCAAGUCUACGUGUUUUCAUGAGUGGCGGAACCUCUGCAUAUAUAUAUUAAGUAUGUGUUAUGUAUAUGAGGGGUUUAAUUUCGUUUCUGUUGAGUUUGUGAUGUGCUUAAUGCAAAUCAAGACAGUAGCAGCUGCUUUUGAUAUGACCCUAGUGUAAAAUGAUGAAGAAACUAAGUAAGAUCUGGAUUUUCUCAAUCUCU